AUGCCCACCAAUAAAGACCUGGUACAGACUGUAGCAACCGGAGCAGGAAUUUCAGCUGUAACUGGCGCUACAGUGGGAGCUACAGUAGCAGUCUUGACAAAUUCGCCUGUUCGUACAUUUGCAAUCUCAACUGGACUUAAUUGUGGUGUAUUCGGUGCCACUUUCUUUGCUGUCCGGGAGUCAUUCCUUACUUAUCAACGUAGUAAGAAUCCUCUUUAUGGACUAAAAGAUUCUCAAACACGCGAUGUCGAUGACCUUGUCAGUAGCACCAUGGCAGGCGUAACCACAGGAGGACUUUUGUCGGCAGCAUAUCGCGGCUCUCGGGGCGUUAUUCCUGGAUCAAUCAUGUUUGGUACAUUCUGUGCAGGCACACAACUUCUUUAUUCGGCAGCCAACAGAUGGAGACAGGAUAAGAUUUUGGAAAAAGAGUCUGGUAAUGAAGUAGUAGCCAAGAGUAUAUGGGAGUACAUCAAGAUGCCAUCAUGGUCACCCAUUAGACAGUUAUCCAACGAUGAAUACAAUGAAAUUCUGGAUAACCAAUUAAAAGCACUGGAGGAAGAGAUGCGUGUGAUUGAAAAGGAAUUGAAGGAAAAGCGCGUACAAUAA